AGCACUUUUGAAAAACUGGAGGAUGAAAUAGCAGAGGUCAACUCCAAUGCUGAUGCUCUCAAGAAGAACUUCUUUGAGCUCAAUGAGUUCAGAACCUUGUUGAAAUACUCUUCAGAAUUAUUUGAUGAGUCUGAUGAUAACAAAAGAAGGAGCAUUAUUUCGGCGUCCAUUACAUUGGAUCCCGAGGAUGACAUCAUAGGAUCCCACUUGGGUUUUGUGGCUGGAACUCUGCCCAGAGAGCGAUUGCAGACUUUUGAACUGCUUUUGUGGAGGGCUUGCAGAGGAAACGUUUUCCUGAAAGUCAUUGAUGUGCCAGGAGAAGUCUUUGACCCUGCAUCUGGUGAGAAGAUCAGGAAGGUGAUCUUCUCUGUGUUCUUCCAAGGAGAGGCCCUCAAGAAUAGAGUUCAUAAAAUCUGUGAAGGUUUCAGGGCAUCUGUUUAUCCAGUACCUGAGAGCACUGAUGAGAGGCAAUCCAUCAUGAUGGGAAUCUUGUCCAGACUGGAUGACUUGACCACAGAUAAGUUUACAGGCAAAUUCUUUGCCAUGCAACACAAUCUUAGUGGUGAGAGGCACUUGGGUAAAACAGUUUGCAAUUCAUCAUCAUUCCAGGUUCUGUCUCAAACUGAGGAAUACAGGUUCAGGGUGCUGAAUGCAGCUGCCAAAAGCCUGGACAGUUGGUUCAUCAGGGUCAACAAAAUGAAGGCCAUUUACCACACCCUCAACAAGUUCAUGUAUGACUUUGCCCCUGAGUGCAUUGUGGCUGAGUGCUGGAUCCCAACCAGCAGUCUGGAAGAAGUGCAAAAUUCCCUAGUCACUGGAAUGGUUAGAAGUGGAGGAACCAUUGCACCAAUCAUCAACAGAAUUGCCACUGAUGAGGUUCAUCCAACUUUCAACAGAACCAACAGGCUCACUCAGGGUUUCCAGAGUCUUGUGGAUGCUUAUGGAGUGGCUGACUAUAAAGAAAUGAACCCAGCCAUCUUUGCUGUGAUCACUUUCCCCUUUCUGUUUGGGGUGAUGUUUGGAGACAUUGGACAUGGGCUCAUCAUGGCAGCUUUUGGGGCAUACUUGGUGUGGAAGGAGGACAUGUUGGAAUCUGUGGCCAGGAGCAAUGAAAUUGCACAAAUGUUCUUUGGAGGAAGAUACAUCAUCAUGCUGAUGGGCAUCUUUGGAACUUAUGCAGGGUUCAUCUACAAUGACAUAUUUGGCAAGACCAUAAAGAUAUUUCCUUCUGGUUUCACUUACCACACUUUCAAUUUGCAACAGUUGACUAAAGAAGAGCACUUGGGUGUGGACCCAGCUGUACACUACAAAGGAGUACCUUAUCCCUUUGGGGUGGACCCAGUCUGGGGAAUGGCAACCAACAAAAUCACUUACUUGAACUCAUUCAAGAUGAAGACUGCUGUGGUCUUGGGUGUCAUGCAAAUGCUCUUUGGUGUGGUUCUGUCCUUGACCAAUCACACGUAUUACAGGAAGCCACUGAACAUUUGGGCAGAGUUUGUGCCUCAACUGCUCUUCAUGCUGUGCAUGUUUGGAUACCUUGUAGUUUUGGUCUUCCUCAAGUGGGUCAAGUAUGAUGUCAGUGACAGCAGCUGUGCACCAUCCAUCCUCAUCACUUUCAUCAACAUGGUGCUCUUCAAGGCACCAGCUAAAAUUGAAAACUGUGAAAGCACCAUGUUCCCAGGCCAGGUUGAGCUCCAAAUGUUCCUUUUGCUGGUGGCUCUCAUUUGUGUCCCAUGGAUGUUGCUGGUGAAACCAUUUGUCCUGAGGAAGAGGCACUUGAAGGCACUGAGGUCCAGAACUAGGGAGCAAGAAGAAGAGAGAAGCCACAGGGACAGAAGAGGGCCAGAUGAUCUCUAUGAGCUGUCCCACAGUUUUGAAGCUCUGCAAACAGCCCAGCAAGCCCAAGCUCACAACCUUUUGGAGCAGCACAGG